AUGCGCACCCACCCUGCCCUGCUCCCUAAUUAAAGGCUUUAAGCAGGCGGCCGGGGCUGGAGGUUUGGGCACAGUCUCUUGGUUGCUCCUUGCGAGAGCCGGUGCGGAGGAGCCGGCUCUGGGCACGCCAGGCCUGACGCGCGGGCAGCCGGAGCCGCCAGGUUGGGGGGUCCCCAGCCGGGCGGGCAGCUUCCCCCCUCCCCAGUUCCAGCAAUGAGCGGCUCUUUCGACAAGAAGCUUUCCAGCAUCCUCACCGACCUCUCGAGCUCGCUGAGCUGCCAUGCCGCCUCCAAGGACUCUCCCACCUUACCCGAGUCCUCCGUCACCGAUCUGGGCUACUACACCAGCCAGCACGACUACUACUCGGGUCAGUCCUACAGCCAGCCCGUGAGCCACUACCCCUACCACCAGUUUAACCUCAACGGCAUCGGCACCGCCGGCACCUACUCGCCCAAAUCCGAUUAUUCCUACAGCCCUUCCUACCGCCAGUACAGCCACUUCAGGGACCAGCAGCUCCCAGCACAAGAAGCAGUGUCGGUGAAGGAGGAGCCGGAGCCGGAGGUGCGGAUGGUCAAUGGGAAACCCAAGAAGAUCCGCAAGCCCCGCACCAUCUACUCCAGCUACCAGCUGGCGGCUCUGCAACGCCGCUUCCAGAAAGCCCAGUACCUGGCGCUGCCCGAACGGGCCGAACUGGCCGCCCAGCUGGGGCUCACCCAGACCCAGGUGAAGAUCUGGUUCCAGAACCGCCGCUCCAAGUUCAAGAAGCUGUACAAGAACGGCGAGGUGCCGCUGGAGCACAGCCCCAACAACAGCGACUCCAUGGCCUGCAACUCCCCCCCUUCCCCGGCCGUCUGGGACAGUAACUCACACGGCAGCGCGCCGGGCCGGACCCCGCUCCCGCAGCCGCUUCCCUACAGCUCUUCCCCCGGCUUUUUGGAGGAGCACAACCCCUGGUAUCACCCCCAGACCCUCAGCGGACCCCACGGACCCCACCAGCCGCCGCCGGCCACCACGAUGCAUCACACCUCCCCGGGGCCUCCCCCCAACACUGGUGCCGUCUACUAACAGCCCGGAGCGAGAAAAGGAACGAGAGACAGUGGCAGAACUCCUUUGCCUUCUUUUUUUUCCCCCUACUUUUUUGUUUCUUCUUCUUCUUUUUUUUUUUUUUAAAGGACACCCAUGUACACGCACCCCUAGAUAUACACUUAUAUAUCCUAUCCUCUCCCAGCUCAUCUCAGGAACAAGAGGACUGCAAAGGGUUAAACUCGUUAGCUCCCAGCCCAGGGCAGGCGAGGAAAAGGUGGCGAAUUCUUCUUACGCAUUUUUUUUUUUUUUCCUUUUUCUAUCACACCCUAAAAAAAACCAAAAACGGCCCCCGAGGAGCCACAUCCCCCCGGGGGUCCCUCGCUGGAGCUUUGCUUCUUGCGGCCACCCGGGUGAGCUGCCUUGGGGGGGGCUGCCCCACGCUGUGACCCCCC